ACCAAACACCCCCCUAAACUAAACCCUAUCCCUAAAUUCCUCUCUAUCUGUCCAAUCGAUUCCUCGCAUUUUUCGAAUCGAUCGAAAUCGCCCCCUCCGUGUUUUUCAAGCGCAAGGAUUAUAAUCUCUUUCGAUUUUCUUACACAGAUUUUUCUCUUUUUUUAGUUUUGCAAAAAAAAUGAAAUUGAUCUCAGAAAUGGAUUGCUGCACGAGAGAACAAGAGGCUUGGGAUCCCGAUUCCUACUAUCUAAUUCGGCCAGAGUGCAGACACGAUGUCCCCAAGACCCAUUUCAAGCCCAGGAUUGGGAGAACUCUAAGCGCAAAAAGAUUGCAUGCUUCAUUCUCUGAGGAUGGCCAUUUGGAUAUAGCCAAAGUGAUUAGACGGGUACAGCGAGGGGGUGUACAUCCAACAAUUAAGGGAGUGGUGUGGGAAUUUCUACUUGGGUGCUAUGAUCCUGACAGUACUUUUGAUGAACGUACUCAGUUGAGGCAACAAAGAAGAUUAGAGUAUAACACAUUGAAGUCAAAAUGCAAGGAAAUGGAGCCUACAGUUGGUAGUGGAAGACUAAUUACUGCAGCAAUGAUAACAGAAGACGGUCACCCGAUUGACAAUCCUGAUGGUAUUUCUUCAAAAGAAAAUGUGCAACCUGAUGGAUACAGAAACGAUAAUGUAAUCAAGGACAAAGAAGUCAUCCAGUGGAAGCUUACCUUGCAGCAGAUCGGUUUGGACGUACUUCGUACUGACCGUGUACUUAUUUACUAUGAGGACCAAGAAAAUCAAGCAAGGCUUUGGGAUAUAUUGGCUGUUUAUUCAUGGGUAGAUAAGGAUAUUGGUUACUGCCAAGGUGAGUAAGACCUUUGUUCACCAAUAUCAAUUCUUGUUGAAAAUGAAGCAGAUGCUUUUUGGUGCUUUGAUCGGUUAAUGCGUAGAGUGCGAAAAAAUUUUCAAUGCACAAGUGACACUAUUGGAGUGCGAUCUCAACUGUCAAUUCUUUCAUCCAUCAUAAAAUCUGUGGAUCCCAAGCUCCAUGAGCACAUAGAAAACUUAGAUGGAGGAGAGUAUUUGUUUGCCUUCAGAAUGCUGAUGGUUCUUUUCCGCAGGGAGUUCUCAUUUGUAGAUGCACUGUACCUUUGGGAGCUUAUGUGGGCUAUGGAAUACAGUCCAAAGCUUUUCUCCUCGUACGAGUCUGAUACAAAAGUUGCCAGCAGACCAGAUGCAGCAGCGCACGAAGCCUUGCUAAAGAAAUACGGCAAAUUUGAGAGGAAAAACAUGAAAACUAGUCAGCAGAAUGAUCAACAAGUCCCUCUAUCAGUCUUCCUAGUAGCCAGCAUUCUCGAGGCACAGAAUAGGAAAUUACUACAGGAAGCUAAAGGCCUGGACAAUGUUGUCAAGAUCUUGAAUGAUAUAACUGGAAAAUUGGAUGCGAAAAAGGCAUGUGAUAAUGCACUGAAGCUUCAUAGUAAAUACCUUAAGAAGGUAAAAGUAUCGUAGUGCCAAUCAAUUAAGCGAUAAGUGGCUUGCAUAUAGACAAAUGGAGCAUUGAAGUUUGGAUUCCACGACCAAAACGAUGUAUUUUUCUCUUAAUGGUUUAUUGAGCUCUCUUCGCUCAUUCGUAUUACUGAGGCUCUACAGUCAAAAUUUUGUGUUGGUUGCAAGGAAGAGUGUAAGGUUGGUUCCUCCAUGUUGUAUGAUUUAAGUGUGAAAUAGGAAGAAGGAAUAACGAAGAAGGCGGAGAGGAAUCCUUCCAAUGUAACGUUUUGCUUCUACGGAACUCGAUUGUUUGUGUGAGAAUUUUUGUUGUUGUGCUUAAGCUGACAAGCUAUGAGCAAUGUUGAUUUUUACAAAAUGCCAUCAAUUUUUUCCCCUUAUAUUUUUACCUUACAUGAGUACAAAAUGAGAAGUAACAGAGGCUUGAUUAAUGAAGCGUCGGAUUCGGGGGA